AGACGACUUUGAACACACAAACCAUGAAGGCGUUUAUCGUUCUCCUGCUACUCGGAGCUGCAGCCGCGGCCCCCAUCGAGGAUGAAAAGAUUAUCGGGGGGUACGAGUGCCGCCCCCACUCCCAGCCCUGGCAGGUCUCCCUCAACAUCGGGUACCAUUUCUGCGGGGGCUCCCUCAUCAACGACCAGUGGGUCAUCUCUGCUGCCCACUGCUGGCAGAACCCCUAUUCCCAGUUCGCUGUCCUGGGGGAUCAUCACAUCUGGCAGCACGAGGGCACGGAGCAGUUCACGACUGUGGACGCCAUCUACUGGCACCCCAGAUACAACUACCAGACCCUGGACCACGACAUCAUGCUGAUGAAGCUCUCCCACCCCGUCACCAUCACAGAGUCCGUGCGGCCCGUCUCCCUGCCCCGGGCCUGCCCCAGUGCGGGGGAGAUGUGCGUGGUGUCCGGCUGGGGCAACAUCAUCACCGACGGGGUGUUUAACCCCUUUAACCUGCAGUGUGUGGAUCUCCCGAUUCUGAGCGAUGCAGCCUGUGAGAACUCGUACCCGGGGCAGAUCACCAGCACCAUGGUGUGUGCAGGGUACCUGGAGGGGGGCAAGGACUCCUGCCAGGGAGACUCUGGGGGUCCGCUGGUGUGCAAUGGGGUGCUCCAGGGGAUCGUGUCAUGGGGAUACGGCUGUGCGGAGGUGAACCGUCCCGGGGUCUACACCAAGGUGUGCUCCCUGCUGCCCUGGAUUGAUGACAUCCUGGGCUCGUACUAGGGUCAGAACCGGACUCACGGCAGAGGGAGCUUCGCUAGUACAUUGUAACCGGAUCAGAACCAACCUGGAUUGGUGAGCCUGGAUUUAGCAGCUCUGCUUCUUAACUGCGGCAGUUUUUUUUUCUUAUGUUCAAAAUG